AUGGUCAAAUCUGAUUUAAUAACUUUUUUACUUGAGAUGACAUUACCAGACUGGAUAAAAGAAAGUGCUCAUAAUUUAGAUUUAUGGCUUCGAGAUACAUUUACAGGAGUUGAUUUUGAUUAUAUUGAGUACUUAUUAUGGCUUUUUUUUCCAAUAAUAGUAGCCUUUGUAUUACCGAUUUUACUUCUUUUAUUUAUCUACGGGUGUGUAAUUUUUCUUCAUAUAUAUGCAUUACGAAAUCGACUACGUGAAGCAUAUGAGACAAGUGUUUGGGAUGGAGCAAGAGCAAGUAUUGCUUCCUUUUGGGAUGCAAUUGGCUUAAUUUGGCAUGGAUAUGAAGUUAACGGACUUGAAAAUAUACCAGAUGAUGGACCAGCUCUUUUAGUCUACUAUCAUGGUACAUUACCAUUAGAUAUCUAUUAUUUAAUAUCUAAAUGUAUAUUAUAUAAAAAAAGAACUUUACAUUGUGUUGGUGAUAAAUUUAUUUUUAAAAUACCAGGAUGGGGAAAAUUAUGUAAAGUUUUUUGUAUAACACCAGGAACAGUAGAAGAUUGUAUAAAAGCAUUACAAGAAGGUAAUUUAUUAUCUGUAGCACCCGGUGGUGUCCGUGAAGCACAGUAUUCAAAUCCUAAUACUUAUGAAAUAAUGUGGGCGCAAAGAUUAGGAUUUGCUAAAGUUGUUAAAGGAGCACGUUGUGCUGUUAUACCAAUGUUUACAGAAAAUUGUAGGGAAGCAUUUAGGACCCCUCGUUGGGCAAGAAAAUUACUUAGGGGAAUUUAUGAAAAGACAAGAUUACCCAUUUGUCCAUUAUAUGGUGGAUUUCCUGUUAAAAUGAUUACUCAUUUAGGAAAACCAAUAUAUUUUGACUAUGAUACUGUAACACCAGAAGAAAUAAAAGAAAAAGUUAAAAUUGAGGUUUACAAUUUAAUACACAAACAUCAAAGAUUACCAGGUAGUAUAAUAAAAGGUAUGUUGCAACGUUUCAAAAAAACAGACUUUUCAAAAUUACACGAACAAAAUACAAAUGAAAGUAAUGAUAGUAAUAGUAUAAAUAUGUUACAAAGACAAAUUCCAAUACACUCAUUAAGUCUUUAUAAAGAAGGUACUAUAGCAGAAAGUAGUUGUAAUAAUGAGGAAGAUGAGCAUAAUAAUUUAGCAGAAAGAAUACCUCCAACAGUCCCACUUAUCAAAAAAAAUUAA